AUGUCUCUGGUGGCAAACGAGGAUUUCCAGCACAUUCUGCGUGUGCUGAACACAAACGUCGAUGGGAAGCAGAACAUUAUGUUCGCUCUUACUUCUAUCAAAGGUAUUGGCAGGCGAUUCGCUAACAUUGUUUGCAAAAAAGCCGAUGUCGACAUGAACAAGAGAGCUGGGGAAUUGAGUGCUGCCGAGUUGGAUAAUCUUAUGACUGUGGUUGCUAACCCAAGGCAAUUCAAGAUCCCGGAUUGGUUUUUAAAUAGAAAGAAGGACUACAAGGAUGGGAAGUAUUCUCAGGUGGUGUCAAAUGCACUGGAUAUGAAAUUGAGGGAUGAUUUGGAGCGGUUGAAGAAAAUCAGAAAUCACCGUGGUUUGAGACACUACUGGGGUCUUCGUGUUCGAGGCCAGCAUACCAAGACAACUGGUCGCAGGGGUAAAACUGUUGGUGUCUCUAAGAAGCGUUGA